AUGUUUACUGUCAACAAACCAAAGUUUAGGUUCAAUCUCAUCCUAAUGGAUGAGGGCGAGUACUACUUUGAUGAUUACAGCGCAGUCUACUAUCCCUCUGCAGACACAGACGAAGAGUCAUGGGCCAAGAGGAUAAAGGGUAGGAUAUUGGUAUGCUCACAUUCGAUCUUCUUUGAGCCCGAUGAUAUAAAGUUCCCAAUUAUGAAGUUCCCCUUCAAAGAGAUGGUCAACAUUGAUCAACUAGGAUCCAAUCCCAACAACCUCUAUCAGAAGCGUCAUCCACUCUCAAUCCUCGCCAAGACAGAUCUAUUCUAUAUUCAAACCAAUCAAGUCAUUGAGAUGAAGGAUAACAAUGUCAAUGCUCCAUACCUCUUCCAAAAGGUUAACAAAGCAAUGUUCAAGUUCUCACUCAACUACGUCAAUCUCGACUUGAUCCUUGGCAAUAUGAGGGACUUCUUGACGUAUGCACGACAGGAUCGACAGGACCACGAGCGAUUGAUAAAGAGUCUGAUAGAGGAUCGUGAGAGUAGACUACAGCUGGACUACAGUCUUUUGGUCGAUAUGAACGAGCGCAAUAUAUUGGAGACGAAAUGUUGUAAGAUAUCACCGUUGGUACAGAACCCCGGUAGAUUCCUCGUGACCAACGCACGACUCUACUUCCAACCAAUGAACAACAUUGAGUCGCAACGAAUCAAUCACUUCAACCUGGACAGCGUCAUCAAGAUACUCAAGAGACGUCACUCCCUUCGCGAGACUGGUCUCGAACUAUUCUUUGACGAUGAGACAUCAAUAUUCUUCACAUUCAAGAAUAUUCAAAUAAGGAAUGAGGUUUAUAAUGUGAUGACUGGCGAGCUGUGUAAGAAUAUACCUCAUAUUAAUGAACAGAAGAACUAUUUGUUGAAGUGGCAGAAUGGAAUCAUAUCAAACUAUGAGUACUUGAUGUACUUGAACAGCUUGGCAGGCAGGACCUACAACGAUCUGACGCAGUAUCCAGUGUUCCCAUGGGUGAUCAGUGACUACACGAGCAAGGAGCUCGAUUUGGCCAACCCAGCCAUCUACCGUGACCUCUCAAAACCGAUUGGUGCACUCAACAAACAACGUCUGGCCACCUUCCAAGAACGCUACCAUCACAUUCCAGAAAACCAGCCCAAGUUCCUCUACGGCACUCACUACUCUGCGCCAGCCUAUGUAUUAUACUACCUCGUUCGACAAGCACCCGAGUACAUGUUGAGACUGCAGAAUGGAAGGUUCGACUCACCAAACAGAAUGUUCCACUCACUGGAAGAGACAUGGCACAGUGUCUACAAUAGCACGGGAGAUGUUAAGGAGUUGAUCCCAGAGUUCUACGAACCAUCAGAUCGUGGCGAGUUCCUGCUGAACUGUGAGCACCUCCAGCUGGGUGUUAGACAAGAUGGCAAAGCCAUCAAUGAUGUUAUAUUGCCUCCAUGGGCCAAGGACCCAAAUGACUUUAUUAUAACGAUGAGGAAGGCAUUGGAAUCGGAAUAUGUAUCACAGAACUUGCACAACUGGAUCGACUUGAUAUUUGGAUUCAAACAACAGGGAGACGAAGCGAUCAAGGCCAACAACCUAUUCUAUCAUUUGACGUACGAGGGCAGUGUGGACAUCGAGUCUAUAACCGACCCCUUUGAGCGACAGGGCCUCGAGGCACAGAUCAAUGAGUUUGGUCAGACACCUCGCCAACUCUUCAAGACGCCGCAUCCACAGCGUCUGCCUCUGGCCAUGCGCAACUAUAAUCUCACAAUGAGUGAGUCAUCGCAGAGCUCAUUCAACAACCUCUCAUUCAACGUGGACGACAGUGGCAGUCUGAAUAGCUCGACCAGUUCAUUCCAGUUUGGUGCCGGUGGCAAUGGAUCAGCACAAAACUCUUCGUCAGACACACUCAAUCAAUCAUUCGGUCAAAUGAACAUGGGAGGUGUUGCCGGCAAUGGAUCACAGCAUCAACAGUCCAACAACCGUGCCGCCUCCCCAGUGACCAUCAGGAACUGGGGUGCACUUACUGGACUAACUCUCAAGAAUUCAUUCAAGAAUCACAAGGACAAGGUGACAUCAUUAUAUCUCUCAGAGAAUGGUGACAUUAUAUAUUCAGUGUCACAGGAUGCUUCACUAAAGAUAUACUCAUCGCAAGAGAAGAAACAGAUACGAUCACUCAACCUUUGUGAGCUGGCAUUGUCAUCCUGUCAACUGUCAAGUGAUGAGAAGCACAUUGUCAUUGGUUCAUGGGAUAACAACAUAUAUAUUUAUUCAGUUGCUAAUGGUAGUAUACAGGAUACACUCAGUGGACAUGAUGACGCUGUAUCUUGUUUACGAAUGAACAAUGAGUAUCUGGUGUCUGGAAGCUGGGACUCAACGAUCAAGGUGUGGAAGGUGAUGCCAUCGUCAGUGGGCAUCAGCAUUGGCAAGGUGCCAGUGGCGGACUUUAUCGACGCCGAGUCCGAGAUUCGUUCAAUUGACAUCAGUCCCAACGGACAGAUGUGCAUUGCCGGCGCGGAAGACGGCACCAUCUUCCUGUACGACCUGCGCCAGCUGAGCCUGAUCAGCAAGAUCCACUCAUACUCUGGCGCCGUCACCUGUGUGCGCUUCACACCCGACGGCCAGCGUUACAUCGUCUCGUGCAGCGACGGCAGUCUCCGAAUGAUUGGCGUUGAGGGCUCCGAGAUCUUUAGCGGCUUCAUCGACGAUCAGAUCAACUGUCUCGACACGGACGGCUCGUCCAUGUUGGUGGGAUGCGAGCGAGGACUACGUCUCUGGUCGCUGGCCAGUGGCACCGAGCUCAAGGACUUCUCGUCUGUCAAUGAUGAACCCAUCCAAUCGAUCAAUGUUUCUCAGAGUGGCAAGACGACCAUCCUCACUGGAACCAGCAAUGGUGUAAUCCACAUGUGGGAUACA